AUGCCAGAUAAGCCUACCCUGGCCCGCAGCCAGAGAGGCAGGGUCUGCAAGCUGUGCAACAAUCUGGAUCCGCGCAGCCAUCCCGCCACCUUCCAUGACCAGGACAGCACAACUCGCUCCAUCGCCCGCCUCAGCCUCCGCCUCGACCCUGUAGGCCUGAAGCGCUCCGAGGAAAGCUGUCCGCGCUGUCGCCUGAUUGCCCAGACGCUUGAUGCCCACUUUGCGAGCUGGCGGAAGACGAAGCCGCGUCUGCUGUUGGAUCUGGUCGAGUGCGCCUCUCUUCGGCUCGAGGUGCAUCCUGCUGCAGCCAAAUGCGAGAAGAUAGAAAUAUAUGCUCCCUUCCACAAGCCGUUGCCAUGGCCGACCCUGGCCUACGGUCACUCAGUUCCAAAGCAUUCCAACUCGGACGACUCGUUCGAGUUUGCCCGCCAGGCCGUAGAGGACUGUGUCAAGAAUCAUAAACACCGUCUUUGUGGCCAGAGUUUACGCCACGAUUUCAUCCCAAAGCGGCUCAUAUACCUGGCCAAACGCCCAAAUUCCACGCCCCACAUCAAGCUGUGCGAGACCCUCACAACCAAAGUCAAGUACAUCACCCUCAGCCAUUGCUGGGGCAGCAGCGGUCCAUCCUUCAUCACCACCACCGCCAAUCUGCCCGAGCGCAAGCGCCACAUCGACUUUGACGCCCUCCCGAAAUCCUUCCAAGACGCCGUCACCAUCGCCCAAGAGCUCGGCGUCAACUACCUCUGGAUCGACGCACUGUGCAUCAUCCAAGACUCGACCGAAGACUGGGAAGUCGAAUCCGCGCAAAUGGGCUCCAUCUACGAGAACGCACACCUCACCGUCGCCGCCACCGCCGCCCCCAACAGCACCGCCGGCAUCUUCUCCGCCCGCCCGCGCUCCCACACCCUCACCUACCGCGCCUCCCCCCGCGCCAAAAGAACCCACAAGCUCCACGCCCGCCAGAUCCCCUCCCACCACCCCCACCCUCCCUCCUGCCACCCCUCCCCGUCAUCCGCCCGCGCCAUCCUCCUCCCGCUCGACCACUCCCCCCCAACCACCCCCAGCGGGCCCCUCCGCCGCCGCGCCUGGGCCCUCCAAGAACAUGUCCUCUGCUCGCGCAUCCUGCACUACACGGCGCACGAGCUCCUCUUCGAAUGCCGCGUCGCCGCCCGCUGCGAAUGCCUGCAGUACUACCACCACUCCCAAACCUCACCACCACCACCACCACCGCCAUUCCACCCCUCCAUCACCACCCCCGGCCUCCUCCCCCGCCUCCUCACCACCGCCGCGCCCCGCCGCCACGCCCGCACCUGGCGCGCCCUCGUCGCCGCGUACUCGGCCCGCGAGCUCACCGUCCCGGGAGAUAAGCUCCCCGCUCUCAGCGGCGUCGCGCGCGGGUUGUUGGAGAUGCGUGGCGCGUUUGGCGGCGGUGGGAAGGGGGCGGGCGAGUAUGUGGCGGGGUUGUGGAGGGGGGGUUUGCUUGGUGCUGGUGGUGAUGGUGGUGGUGGGGGGAAGGAGUUGUUGUGGGAGAGUACGGGGGUUGGUGGGGGUGGGGAUGGGGAUGAUGGUGAAGGGCGUUACAGGCCCCUGGUGCCGGUGCCGCUGGCUUGGCGGGCGCCGAGUUGGUCGUGGGCGAGUGUGGAUGGGGGUGUGGGGUGGGAGUGGGUUGAGGGGGAGGGGUCGUUAUCAUCAUCGGCGACGGCGGGCAGCGGGGAUGGAGAGGGCGGUUUGGGUGGCGGUGGUGGUGAGGCGGCGGCCGAGUCGUCGUCGUCAUCGUCGUCGUCGUUGGUGGACGUUCAAGAAGUGGUGGCGAAGCCCGCGGGCAGGAACCCUCUCGGUGCGGUGAAGGAGGCGUGGAUGAGGCUUGUGGGCCCGGUUUUGGGCCGUCAUGGUGAUGGCGGCGUAGCCGUCACGUUGGUCGCUGCGCCGGCGGCUCAUGCGGAAGCGGCCGGCGUUGGCGGCAGCAGCAGCAGCAGCAAAAUCGGUACCUCUGAGAGCGGGAAGCAGCAGCGGAUCUCGAGAUCGAAAAGGAGAUACUACCUGAAGCGCGCGGACGGCGCGGGACGUGGCGGCGUUGUAGACGUGGUGCCGGAUUCGCUGCUUAUUGCUGUCCCUACCGCUACCGCUUCUGCUACCAAUGCCGAUGCCGAUGCCGACGGCGGCGGCAGCAGCGGCGGCAGUGACAACAACAACAACAACAACAACAACAACAACAACAACAACAACAGCGUCAGAAGAGCGAGGGUGGGCGAAGAGCAGGAAAUAGAGAGGACAGGCGCCGAUGCUUUCGAGGCGAGCGUUCUGUGUUUGGGCGUUGCGAGAUGUGAGGGCUCGUGGAUUGCGGGGCUAGUGCUUGUCCCAUCGUCGUCGUCGUCGUCAUCGUCGUCGUCGUCGGAGGUGGCGGCGGCUACGGCGGCGGUAAAGGGCGAUGGGAGUCGAGGGCCCAAGGGCGGGAAAGGUUUGGUGGACGAACGACGCUAUAAGAGGGUGGGCACGUUUUCUUGCGGGGACGAGUGGUUUGCUGGGGCGGAGAGGAUGGGGUUGGUUCUUGUUUGA